AUGGCAACCUCUCAAAGAACACCAAUUGACACUCAACCCAAGCUUUGCGAUCAUAUCCUCAGUGACAUUGCCAAGUCAAAUGUCUCCCUACGAAUUGGCCGUUCCCUGAUUCCCAACGCUGGUAGCGGCUUGUUUGCUGUCAAUGACAUACCUGCUGGCUCGGAGAUUUUCCGCUCGAAUCCACUCAUCAUGGUUGCCGAGUCUGCCCACCAAGGUAUUUGUGAAUUCUGCUUUCUGAACAGCCGUUCGUCAGUCCAUAGCGACGGUCGCUUCUACACAAGCAAUGAAGAAAAUCUCAGGCCGCAAGUCACGCCCUGCAGUGCUUGCAGGGUCGCACGUUAUUGCUCCAAGAACUGCCAAGUCAAGGCAUGGAAGAGCUACCACAAGUACGAGUGCACCAUCUUGCAAGAGAAUCCAGCCUUGAAGUCCCUGGACCAAGCGCUUUGCCGUCUUCUCAUUUGGGUCAAGAAGGGUGUCAUUUCGGAAGAUAAUAUGCGUGCAGUCGUGGCACUGGAGACCGGGUUCGAGACCAAAAUGGAACGUCUGCGCCAAGCAAGCGAUGAUGCGCCUGAAAUUGACCAGUCUCUGCAAGCGGCACAAAACGCCCACUCUGCCGUCGAACCCGGCAUCAGUCUCAACUUUGUUCGCCAACUUUACUGCACGGCAAUCUGUCCAUCGGAGCUCGAGGCCUCGUACGGGAUCUGCCUCGAUCUUGUGAACAUAUCAGCAGGGAUGGAGAUCACCGUUUGCUACCGAGGUGGUCGACAAGAUGUCCUCCAACGGCGCAGAAUUUUGAAAGAACAAUUCUUCUUCACUUGUGACUGUAACAAAUGUAAGACCGAGAUAGCCGAGCACGUCACAGCUGCAGCCAAGCGCCAAGAUCACCUUGGCAUCCUCAGAAAGGCACAGGAUACUCUCACAGAGCUUGAGUUCAAAUACACGUUGGCAUUCUACUCUUCGGCCAGAUUUCUCAAGACUGCUAUGGAUUACCAGGAAAGGCUUCUUGACAUUGAGCAGAAAGUGUACCAGGAUGGCAACUGGCCUGACCACAUCGAGCCGAUGCCCUCCGCCCUCCGCGCCUUGGGCUGCAUGUAUCUAGAGCUCAACUACGUCGUGGGCCUCGAGUUUGUCCUGAAAGGUACGCUCUACUCGCGCGAGCAUGCCGGUCCUCGCUGGGUUCUCGACCUCAUGGGCCUUGUCAAAUUCUUGAUCUUCCUAUCGCAGGAAAGGGACGAGUCACUCAAUUGGACUGGAUGCGGACAUCCAGAGGUACUCGGAGGCCGCCUUGCCCUGCAGAACGUUGCUCGGGGUUACCUCAUCCUGGUGUGUCUUAGUGGCCGUUUCACCUUCGGCUUCGACACGAAGUACGUGCGGGCCCUCUUCAAUUGGGCUGGGAACAUCACAGAGCGGUCUGGUGAUCACAGCAUUGAUACGGAGGCGUUUGAACAGCUCUUCAAGAAGUCGCAGGACAAGCUACUGACUUGGGCCAAGAUGAAAACGAGCCGUGGGCUUGAGUUGCCUUCCAGGGAGACCACCACGGCGCUUCGAGAGGACAUCGCAGAGUUCAACGCCAAAGUCCAGGUCAAGGCUGAGAAAUGA